CACAACACACCGCCCCGUUUAUGGAAGUCUCCAGAGACCAAUAUUAAUCAUGAAAUCUUCAAGAGUUAUCAAUCAUGAAAUCUUCCCCAACUUAUAAAAGCCAUCUCCAUAACAGUUCUUUCCCCAAAUCAUCGAAGUUUUCGGAUUUCGAUCAAUUUCUAUAGACGUACACGCAGAGGAGAUCGCAGCUGUUGAACGGUCGUCGUAUCGGAAGCCGGAAUAGUUUUCGCGAUUUUUUCCGUCGCCGUCGGGAUUGAAAGUUCGUUAUCUUGAGUUUCCAAUAGCAAAUUACUUUUAAAUUCGGUUUCUUUUAUGUUACUAAUUUAGGCACUGUUUCAAUUGUUUGACCUUAUGGCUUGUGUGGUACAAAGCUUUUUGUGUGUGCAAUAUGAUAUUUGAAUUCGUUUACGCUUUACCAUUGCAAUUGUGUUAGGGUCCUUGCGUCUUUUGGUGGAUUUUAUUCAUAAUUGAACUAGUAUUUGAAAUUGACUGAUUGAAAAAAUUGAAUCUUGUGUGUGUAAUCUUUAGGACGUAGUCUUAAAUUUGGUUACGUUAGGCUUAUUUUUCGGUGUUUCUUCCAUAGGGUUUACUUUGUUCUGAUCGGAUUCUGUUGGUUAAACUGGUGUCAUAUCGGUCAUUGUGUUCAGCCAGGAUUUCCCUUUUUUUUUUAAAUUUGUUUGUAAAACCACGUUGAUGGUCACCAGAUACUCUAUUUCUUUGCAGACUCUAAUGAGGAUUACUUGAUUUCUUUUCCGGUUUUCUGGAGGGAGCUAGUUAAAUUAAUUACUCGCAUAGGCUUGCCCCCAACCCAACUUCGCUGACCGUUAUUGUGUGCCAAGUAGUUUUCAAUUGAUAUUAACCUGUGUCUUUGAAUCUUUGAAAAUAUGUUUCUUCUGGUCCGUGUCCAGAAUAUUGAUAUGUAUCAAUUGGUAAACUACUUACUGUUUGUAAAAUAUAAUAAGUAACUGAAUACUUGUGUUCAUCUCUAAUUGAACUGACAUCAAAUCUCUUUAUAAUGUUUAUCUCACAAAGACCAAAAAGUGGAUAGCUGAUAUUGUUUUAUGAGACAGACGUAGUUAAUAUUCUUGCAUCUCAAUAGCAUUGCCUUCUCUUCCAAUUUAGGAGUUAUCAAACAUCGUUUAUGUAGAGAAAUGGAUUCUAUGGAUUUUGAUUGAUUACAAUCUGGUCGCUUGGGGAAGUCUUUGAUUGGCUGGCCAUUAAUUUAUGCAAUGGCUACAUCAGAUCCAUUUCUUGCUGCUAGUUUCAGCUUAUGUUGAAAUGGAGUUUUAUUUGUCUGAAUUUCUUUCACUGUUUCCAGCUUGUAAUCAUCAAAUGAUAGUGAUAUUUUAUUUAUGCAUGCCCAUUUAGCUGUGUGUUACAAAGUUCAGUUUCCAAGAAUUUCUUGUGGUGCAUAUUCUCAUUGUGCCAUCCCAAAGGGGUGUUAAGUUUUUCAUGGACCAUAAUAUCUACCUGGUUUUGUGCUACACGGUGAAGCAUGCGUGAGGUGGGGGUCUAAAUGAGUGUUUAAACAGCUUGGUGAUGUGACCAAUGGAGAUGAUAAAAGAUUGGAUGCGAUUAGGUUAUGGGUGUGAAUAUGUGAUAUCAUUAGGUUGCAGCAAAGCUGUUUUACAGUAUACUUUCUGGCCAAUAUAAGUGAAGGAAAACUGGCUUCAGUCUGUUACGUCAUGAGCACUGGUGUGGUUGUUGUGUUGGGCCCAUUUUUUACAAGUGGCAUUAGGUGUUCCAUUUUAAGGAAAAUCACGGUUCAUAAAUAUGGAGACAUUUUGUCCAUCUUCCAUAUCUGAUGUUCGAUAUCUUUGUUUUACAUUACCGUUCUCCUAACUCGAUGAUAUUUUUUUGAGUGAGAUGGUCUGUACGAGAACCAGCUGCUUCUGAAACCUGAUAUUCCAAGUGGCGUUAAGUGCAUGGUUAGGCAAUGAUAAUUAGGUUUUUACUUCUCAAACUAUGUACUUAGUGAAUAACGUGGAUUCACAAAAUCAUGAGCUUGGAUCAUGGGAUCUGGGAAAAGAGUUACACCCAAAUGCUCCCUCUAUUGCCAACCCAAUACUCUGUCCCCAAGUCUCUUCUCCAUCUCAAGUUCGUACUUUGCAGUCCAUCCAGUUAGACUUGAGAGCUAAUGGUUGUUGGGACAGAAUUUCAUGAUUGAUAACUCUUGAAGUAUGGGUGAGCCUUAUUCAUAAGUCCUUAUGGUAGUAUGAAGAAGAUUUGGUGCUGAAUGGUAGUUGAGGUUAUGCCACUUUUUGGUGGUAUCUUAAUUAGAUGGAUGUGGGCUUCUUCAAGAAUCAAGAAACCAUGCGGUGGAUAUCUUCAUUCGUGGAAGCUUGGAAUUUAUCACUGCUGAAUUGUAGUUAUAUUAGACCUACUUGUUUUGGUGACGACUCCUCUUGGAGUUUUCUGGUUGCAGCUGUUCAACAUAGGUUGGACAAUGAUGUUGCUGAUUUCAACUGAUGUGCUGCAGUGUGUUUUCAGCUGUAGUAGUUGUUAAUUUGAUCUUUAGAGUCUGAAUGGAUGAGCGAAUUAAUCUUCCUGCAAGUUUGCACCUUCAAGGGAGCAGCGAAGAAUAUACUACACAAGCUAUUGCCCCCACAGAGGAACCAAAGUUAUGCAAUGAUCAUAUGCAUACGGAUAGUGGGCACUUUGAUAGGGAGACUGUGAACAUGGAAAUUCCUGAUGAUGAGUCGCUUGAGUACGGAUGUUCUCACUAUCGUCGACGGUGCAGAAUCAGGGCCCCUUGUUGUAAUGAGAUAUUUGAUUGUCGUCAUUGUCAUAAUGAGGCAAAGAAUGACAUCAAUGUUGAUCCAGAAGAGAGACACACCAUUCCUCGCCAUCAGAUCCAACAGGUUAUAUGCACCCUUUGUGGCACCGAACAAGAGGUUCGGCAAAUGUGCGUCAAUUGUGGUGUGUGCAUGGCAAAAUACUUCUGUGGGGCAUGCAAGCUUUUUGAUGAUGAUAUUUCCAAGAGACAGUACCACUGUGAUGGAUGUGGUAUUUGCAGAAUUGGUGGGCAGGAGAACUUUUUUCACUGUGACAAAUGCGGAUGCUGCUACUCAAAUCUUCUGAGAGAAAGUCACCCGUGUGUUGAACUAGCAAUGCACCAUGACUGCCCUGUAUGCUUCGAGUAUCUGUUUGACUCGAUAGAUGAUGUUGCGGUCAUGCCUUGUGGCCAUACCAUUCAUAAGAACUGCUUAAAGGAGAUGCAACAACACAUGCAAUAUGUUUGCCCUCUCUGCUACAAGUCGGUCUGCGAUAUGUCAAAGUAUUGGGAGAAGCUGGACAUGGAAGUCGCAGCUACGCCGAUGCCAGAAUUCUAUCAUAACAAAGUGAUAUGGAUCUUGUGCAAUGACUGUGGAAGCAAUUCUGAAGUUGGUUAUCAUGUGGUGGGUCACAAGUGCCCCAGUUGCAAGUCCUACAACACUCGCCAAACUAGAGGCUGAGCUUUGGGUGGCAUUGUAUGAUAUGAGCAUCUUCUCAUUUUGGAUUGUUGUAAUUUUUGUUGUAAAAAAUGUGAAUUCAUACAAUAUCAUGUUUUUAUGGUGAGAUAUGUAAUUUUAUAAAUAUUUUUUUCC